UCAUGGACUUAGAUAUAGCCAUAGAUGCAAGAGAGAAAGUACGCAAUCCAACAAUAAAAUUGAAUAAGAAAUUAGCAAUAGCUAUAGGAGUACAUAUAAUUAUUUAAUAAAGACACUUACUAAAUCUGAAAAGAAGCCAUUUGAUGAAUUAGUCUCAUAGGAACCUACAAAUAAAUUAAUAGCAGUUCAUUUUGGAGUAGGUGAUUAAGAUGAUUAUAAUACCAUAUGCAAUUUUGUUAAAUAAUUUGGAUAGAACAAAGUAAUGAUAUAUCCUGUAAGAAAUUAUGCAUUUAUUGAAUUCCAAAAUAUCUAAUAGAGUUUAUAAUUAAUCUAAGUAUAAGUUAUUUGCCACUUAGUCUUUACAAAUAUUUGAGAAUAUCAAAUAUGCAAGUUUAAAGUAUCCAAAUAAAGAGAGAGCCACAAUGUUUUUUUAUACAAACUAAUAAGAAUUAAAUGGAGGAGGUAUGUGUGAUAUACCAAAUGCAAUGAGACAAGUCAAUAUCCCAGGAUUAUAUUUAAUACAUGAUUUCAUAACACCAGAAUAUGAAAAAUAUAUUAUGGAUUUAAUUGAUAAAUAAGAAUGGUCUAAAUUGAAAUAAAGAAGAGUUUAACAUUAUGGAUAUGAAUUCAUAUAUGGAGAUAAUACAGUUAAUGUUAAUAAACCAGCAGAUAAAAUUAUACCUGAUUUUCUUGAGGAUGUUAGAUCAAAAGUGUCUGAUUUAAUAAAACCUCAAGCUGAAAUAAAUCAACUUACAAUUAAUGAGUAUUUACCAGGUAUGGGUAUUCCACCUCAUUUUGAUGUUCAUCCUCCAUUUCAUGAAAAAUUUGUUUCUAUCAGUUUACUUAGUGGUUUAGUAAUGACAUUUAAAUCUUUCAAAGGAGAAGAAUAACAUUUAUAUUUACCUCCUAGAUCUUGUGCAUUAUUUACAGGAGAAGUAAGAUUUGCUUGGUUUCAUUCUAUUGCAUCAAGGAAAAUAGAUAAAGUAGAAGGUGAAACUCACUUUAGAUCAAGAAGAUUAAGUUUGACAUUUAGAACAAUAAGAAAUGAUUUAAAAUGUGAUUGUUAAUAUUAAUUCUUUUGUGAAUCAUAGGGUUACAAUCCAUAAACAAUGAAAAAUAAAAAUCCAUUAUUACAAGAAUAUUUAGCAAAAUUGAAUUAAAUUGAAAUUCAAUAAGACAAUAAAGUUGUUCCAAAUAAAACUCAAGAAGAAAUUUAAUUACUUUAAGAUUAAUAAUAAUAAUUAUUAUAAAUACCUAAAGCUACAGAAGUAGAAAAGAAAUAUGUUUAUGAGAUUUAUGAAAAAAUUGCACCUCAUUUUAGUUCAACUCGUUAUAAACCUUGGCCUAAAAUAGAACAAUUCUUAAAAUCUCUAGAACCUGGUUCUCUUGUUGCUGAUGUUGGAUGUGGAAAUGGAAAAUAUUUAGGUUCAAAUCCAGAUAUUGAAAUGAUAGGUACAGAUAGAAGUGAAAAUCUAUUGAAAAUUUGUAAAGAGAAAUCUGAUGCUUAUUAAGUAUUUAGUGCUGAUUCUUUAAGAUUACCUUUAAAAUCUGAAAUGUUUGAUGCAGUAAUCUCAAUUGCAGUCAUUCAUCAUUUCUCAAAUAAGUAAUGAUUUUAAUUUAAAUAAUUAUAUAGAAUUCUCAGAUAAUAAGCAAUCAGAGAAUUGUUAAGGAUUUGUAAGUCUAAAGGAUUAAUAUUAAUAUAUGUUUGGGCUAUGGAAUAAGAGGAAAAGACUUUUAAUGAAUAAGAUGUAUUUGUACCUUGGAAUUUAUAAUUUAAAUAUGAAGAUGAGAAAGUCAUCAAUUAAGAAGGUAUUUCAUAUUAAUUAUAAAUAAUAGUGUAAUAAUAAUUUAAAAUUGACGAUCAAAAAAAGACAGUUGUGUAUAAGCGAUAUUAUCAUGUCUUUAAAUAAGGUGAGAUAGAGGAACUAUUAUCAGAAAUGCCAGGCUUUAAGAUAGUAAAUAAUUAUUAUGAUCAUGCUAAUUGGGUAGUUGUGUUAUAAAAAGAUUGA